GCACACAGCAAGGUGACGAUGACAGAUUGCGUACUGCUGAUGUAGAUGUGUCCGUCAGUCCAUCAAUUCGUUCAUCGAAGCAUCGUGACUCAAUGAGUGUACGACUGAAUUGAGCUCUGAAUCCCGUCGUGGCAAAAAAGUCGGCAUUUGUCCGUCCAUAACGAGCAUCGAUCAAUCACCACAUGACCCCGCAGAGUGCAAUGUGCCACCUGUUUGUCUCCGGCCCUGAGAGGCUCUGUGUUGACGGGUCUUCAACGGUCAACAGAGAGACACUCUGAGAGCUGCAAAUACACAGGAAGCACAGGAGCAACCUUAGCGCGUGCAGAGCAUCCAGAGCGACAAGACGUUCAAGGAAAAAAGCUUGUGUGUUGUUCAAACACAGCAUUGAGAUGCCGUCCAGACAGCAGGCAACAGAUUCGUCGUCCCCAAUCAAACAGCUCUUGCUGCCAGUAUAGGGGCGAAUUCUCAGCGCAUUCAUCGAUCCAUUCAUUCCCUAUUCACCCGGCCAGACAGCCCCCGUCAUGCAAUUCCCCACCCACACACAAACGGCACCCACCCACCCACCCACCCAAAACUCAUUGCCAUUCCCCGCCCCGUAUGAAUCAUUGAAAAAAACACGCGCAUGCAUCAGCGCGACUGGAUGCCUCCCUCCCUCUCCCUCUCCCUCUCCCUCUCCCGUUCCCUGCCUUAAUCACUCAUGCCGUCCUCCGAAGAACACUUCGACGCUCAUGGCCGGUCCGUCGUUGCCGCGCGGCGAGUCGUUGGCAUGCCGGUUGGCGCCCCUCACCCUGCUCCUGCCUGCCACACUGGGCUCAACGAGCAUGUCGGGCAUGUCGGGCGAUGGGCUGCGGGAUCGCCUGGUGGUUCGGGGCGGAGUGGUGGGCACACCUGCUGCACGAGAGGGCCGAGCGGGCCGUGGUGGAGAGCGACGGGCGGAUGGAAGGUCAUCGCCCAUCAAGACCUCCCAUCCGUGCCGGCCCUGUACACAAACAGCCAGCACAAAAACAGGUGACAUGAGACUGGCCGUCACCGUGAGAGUGAGUGUCAUGGCUGCCCGCCCACCGUGAGAAUGCCGCGCCUUCGCUGCCUCUCAUUCUCCCUUCGCUGCUCCCUGGCCGCCCGCAUCUCCCUGUCUCUCUCCCUCUCCCUCUCCCUCCUCCGCCCACCCAGCCGCAGCGCCAGCGGGAUGCCUUCAUCGCCGGCCGCCACGUCCACCGAGAACAUCUCGUCACCUUCGGCAAGCCGUCGGCUGCCCACACGAGCAAUGAUCUCCUCUCGGAAGUCUCGCAGGCGCGACUCUCGGGCCUCACGCUCUCGGUCGCGGAGCUCCCUGGCGGUCUCGAAGGGUGGCGAAGGGAAUGGCGACGAUUGCGGCUGCUUGAGGAAGGGCGCCUAACAGAAGCACGGAGGAUGGUGUCAGGGAAAGACAUGGAUGAAUGCCAACGUGUGAGUCGAUGUGUCGUGUGCUUACAGCGGCAUCCUGCAGGUUGAGGCGGCAGAGAGGGCAGGAAUCGUGCUUCUCGAGCCACUCGUCGAGGCACCACACUGACAAGAGAGGCAGACAGACAGACAGAUCGAGUGCUGUGAGGGGAUGGCUCUGCUGCCCAGAUGCUUACUGUGGUAUUUGUGGCCGCACGAGUCCACUCGCCUCAGCGGCUGCAGAACUUCAAACGGCUCGAAACAGAUACUGCACGACUGCACACUCACAAACACCCCCACACACACACAGAGAGAGAGAGACCAUUUAUGACCGCGUGUGACCACAAUCAACUGACGCCUUUCUCCCCGCCUCACCUGUUCAUCGUGCUCCCAGUUGGCCAGAUUACGCAUCCCCGACCCCUUCAUCGACUCCGCAGCCGCGUCCCCGCCGCCUCCCUCCUCCAUCCCACCACCAGACGAGCUCGCCGCUGCCGCAGCAGCUGCCGGCACCGCUACAGGGGCCGAGGCCGCAGCAGCAGCGGCUGACGAGGACGACGAGCUAGUGGCUGCUGGCUGUGGCUGGUCGCCCUGUUUGUUGUUGUUGUUGUUGUUGUUGGCGAAUGAGGGUGGGACGAAUGGCGCGAAUUCGUCUGGUCUGUGGGCGGCGAGUAGCCGCUGUGCGACGCUCUCGCCGUGGAUGACCACACUGGUCGACUUGCGGAUUGAACUGAACAACACAACAGAAACACACACCGCACCAAGGGAUAUCAUCAGACACACCCUCUAGCCCGUUCCUUCCCUCUCCCUCACCUGAAACUCAUCUUGCCGUCGUUGCCUCUGUCUCUGUCCCUAUCUCGGUCACGGCGCCUCCUCUCCCUCGGGUGGUCCCGCACCACCAGCCCCUCCGCCCCGUCAACAAACAUCGCAUGGGCAUCCCUCAGCCUCAUCGACGGAAACGGCACGUUGCGAAUGUCGACACGCCGACUGGCACGAGGCACGGAGAACGGCAUCUCCUCGCUCGCCGCGGCGUUGCCUCCACUGCCUACUGCGUUGGUGGAGUUACCGCCGGCCGCAGCAGCAGCAGCAGCAGCAGCAGGAGCAGCAGCAGCAGCAGCCGCUGCUGGUGCGCCUGUGCGCACUGCGGACACCACACCUACGCCAGGGUGCUGCUCGAUGGACGCCUCGAUGCGCCUCCUUCGCGGCGGUGGCCCUACAGGACUCAUAGGCGGCGUGUGCUCCAAUGACUGCAGAAACGACACACAAGAGGAGGUAGGCCGCGUGUGAAGACGGAUGGAGGGAUGCACUGCUGAGGGUGUGCAAGUGACUCACCUGUGUGGGUGGUGAUGCGAGUGGUGCAGGGGGAUGUAGAGCAGCCUCGUUCUGCUGGGGAGGGUUGGAGGGAGCUUCUGAGCCUCCCAACAAGCCCAUCCUCUGGAGAAGCCGACGGUCUGAACUCUGCAUGUCUCUCUGAAGCCACAAAGAACGCAGCGACAGCGACAACCAGUGACUGACGGUGUCAGCGACACACAAGAGCACGAGCUGGUGUGGUCCUUCAUGGGAAUGUGGCGUGUGGGGAUCUUCUCCUCCCUCACCUGUCAGUCCGAUGGUCUCGAAAGGGUCUUGGGAGCUUUUCCAGCUACUCCAGUGCUGUUGUGGGUGCUCAGCGCCGCAGGCUGCCGGAGCUUCUCAUCCAAGCGCU